CUUCGUCUUCUUCUUCUUCUUCCUCCUCUUUGUCUCUACUCAGUCGACUUCUCUCUCCUCCUCCUCCUCACGCCCACCUCCCUCAUCUAACUAAACUCUGACAUGAAGCAACACCUCCAAGCAGUCGUUGCCGCAGCUGCGAUCUUCGUCAGUGCCUACCUCUUCUUCGUCUUCCUCGUCUUCGCCCGCUGCCGGCGCAUGCGGAACCGUGGCAGCGGCGAGAGCGCCUCCUUCGACCCCAAGCUCCGGAUCUCCAUGGACGAGCUCCGGAACGCCACCGACAACUUCCACCCCCUGCGGAUCAUCGGCAACGGCGGCUUCGGCCUCGUCUACAAGGGCUGCCUCGCGAACGGCCUCGCCGUUGCCAUCAAGAAGCUCGAGCCCGACGCCUUCGAGGGGUUCCGCGAGUUCAGAGCCGACAUGGAAACCUUAGGUCAGCUUCACCACCCGAACAUCGUCAAAAUCCUCGGCUACUGUAUGUCGAAUUCGGAUAGGGUUUUGGUUUACGAGUUCAUAGAGAGAGGGAGCCUCGACCAGUGGCUGCACGACACGACGUCGUUGUCGGAGAACGGCAACGUCUCGUGGUUGAAUCACCCGGUCGAGAGGUCGCCCUUGUCCUGGGACACUAGAAUGAAGAUAAUCAAGGGUGUGGCCAGUGGAUUAGCGUUUAUGCAUGGAUUGCCAACGCCGAUCAUUCACAGAGGCAUCAAGGCGAGCGACGUGCUGUUGGACACCGAUUUCGAGGCGCACAUCGCUGAUUUCGGGCUGGCGAGGAAGAUCAGGGCCUCGCAAUCCCACGUGUCCACGCAACCAGCAGGGGCGAUGGGGUAUAUGCCGCCAGAGUAUAAGGACGGAUACAGAAGGGUGACCGCGAAGGCCGACGUGUAUAGCUUCGGGGUUCUGAUGUUCGAGAUUGCGACGGGUCGGAGUCCCAGUUUACCGGUGGUGGAUAGGGGAGAGGAGUUCGGGCUAACUGCUUGGGCACGGAAUAUGGUGGGUGAGAACCGGCAGAUGGAGAUGGUCGAUCCCGCAGUUUCAAGGGAUGGCCUGGUCGGAGCGAGGGUGAAGGAGUACCUCGACAUUGCGUGUAUGUGCACUUGCGUGCGCGCGAAGGACAGGCCAGGUAUGAGCCGAGUUCUCGGGUUGUUGAAGUCUCCAUUCGGAUGAAGACGGUGUAAUUGAUCGAGUUUUGCAAUAUCUGGAGCAUACGGCAAGUGCGUGGUGAUACAUCUCUUCCUUCACUUGGGGUACAAGUUUUUGUAAAUUUAUGAAACAUAUAUACUUCUCCAAUGUAAAUACACCUUCUCUUUCCCUCUCUCCAAUCCUAAAGGAUGUUCGCUAUUAUGCCUUAAAAUAUGAUUGUCUUGGGUGUUGAUGUUUUGUAAAAUGUGACUGCACGCGCUACAUGCAUGGUCGAGUUGAUAAACAGAAAUAAUUGGGUGACAGCUUUUAUUCUACCGUGAGAAUAUAACAAAUAAUUAUAAAUUAUUAUGAAGUCCACUCUUUUGAGAAUUUGUGGCUCAUAAUAUACUGGUAUUUGAUCAAAAGAUUGUUAUUCUAGCAAAGCCCGCAAGAGAAAUGCUUAUGCAAUUUUAAGUGAAAACUGCAUGUAAAAACCGAGGUCCGGAAACGUAAUUCAGGAUUCCAUGAAGCAACCCACCUCAACGGAGUCUCUUCUCAAUCUUCUUCUUCUUCCACUUCCUCUCUCUCUCU